UAGCAGGGGUGGACCUCUGUGUACACAAUCAUAUACGGACUCUCUCUCACACAGCCGUCUUUGUCUGAGAGAAUACGAACAGAAGCGAGGGUUUAGCCUGUAAAGCUGGGAUUUCUUCUCUCCCGUUUGUGUAGGUCCUCUCUUCUCUCCCGUUUGUCUCCUACGCGUUAUAGAGUGGAUGUCCUGAACCAAUGGGUUCGGGUGGGGCCUCAAUGAACAUCCGUGACCAUGGUGUUUCUGUGGACAAGAAGAAAGGUAGGGUGGGAUGCAAUUACUGUGGAAAAGAAAUGAGUGGUUUUACCCGUCUCAAAUGUCACUUGGCUGGUAUACGCAAAGACGUUGUUCCUUGUGAACAAGUUCCAGAUUCUGUAAGAGCGGCGUUUCGAUAUAUGCUAGAGGAAGGCUUCCGUCCUACUUAUGAUGACUCAGCUAAGUCUGUUCCAAGGUGUACAGAUUUUGAUUCUUCGGCUUCCGAAGAUUGUUGCAGCCACAGAAGUUCUCUAAAGAAGAGACGCUUACAGACUGACAAACACGACUUGAUGUGGAAGACAGAGAAGAAAUGUAUUGGCCGGUUUUUUUAUGAGAACUGUGUUGAUUUUUCAGUGGUAGAAUCCCUGAGUUUCAGACAAAUGUUAAGUGUUGCUUGCCCUGGCACUGAUGUUAGUCAGUUGAGGUGGAAGAUCCCCACUUCCGAAGAUCUAAACGGGUGGAUUCUUACGGAAGAGGUGAAAGAAAUGGAGGAACAUGUGAAGAGAAUAAAAGAUUCGUGGGAGGUUUAUGGAUGCAGUAUUCUGUUGGAUGCAUGGGUUGACGUUAAUGGCCGUGACCUCGUUACUUUUCUUGCGGAUUGCCCCAAGGGAGCCGUGUAUCUGAAAUCAUGUGAUGUUUCUGGUAUAAAAGACGAUAUCAUUGCUUUAGUGUUACUGAUGGAUGGCAUUGUUGCGGAAGUUGGAGUACAUAACGUCGUUCAGAUUAUCGGUUGUUCGACAUCGGGUUGGGUCGGUGAACUGCACAAGUGGUUUGCAGGGAAUCAUCGGGAGAUUUUCUGGUCUGUUAGUGUAUCUCAUUGCUUCGAGCUUAUGCUGGAUAAGAUUCGAACACUAGAUUUUGUUACUGACGUGCUUGAAAAGGUCAGGAACAUCACGGAAUUCAUUCACAGCGACCCAUCAGUCUUGAAGCUUUUUAGAGAUCAUAAUCAUGGACAACACCUCACUCUAUUGUCCAAGAAUAAUUCAGCUAAGCCUUAUAUGACUUUAGAGAGUACUUUAAUGGCAAGGGAGAGCUUCAUCAGCAUGUUUACUUCAUCGGAUUGGAAGAACUUGAAGUGUGCUUCUAGAGGAGAGGGAAUAAGAGCCGCCAAAUUGGUGGAGGACUCUUCUUUCUGGAAAAACGCCGAGACGGUCCUCGAAUGUACAAUUCCUCUUGUACGUGCUCUGUUCUUGGUUACAAAGGCUGACAAGCCACAAGUUGGACUUAUAUAUGACACAAUGGAUGAAAUCAAAGAGGGUAUCAGGAAGAACUUUAAUCACAAGAAACUCAGUUACAAAACUGUGUGGGAUAUAAUAGAUGAAGUAUGGGACACUCAUCUUCAUACCUCACUUCACGCGGCUGGAUACUUUCUGAACCCAUGUGCCUUUUACUCGACGGACUUCCAUCUUGAUCCAGAAGUUACCAUUGGUCUAGUUUCAUCUUUGAUCCAUAUGGUAAAAGAGCGGAGUGAUCUGUUGGAAGUUUUACCACAGCUCGAUAUGUACAGACUCGGUAAAGAUUCCUUUUCUGAGGCCAGCCGCUCCGAGAAUAUCUCUAGAAUGGCUCCAGCCGAAUGGUGGAUUCAGUACGGGAAUCAGUGCCCAGAGUUACAGAGUGUUGCCAUUAAAAUUCUGAGCCAAACUUGUGAAGGUGCAUCAAGAUUCGGGCUCAAGAGGGAAGUGGCCGAGAAGCUGUUGGCUGGAGGGAAGAGCCCUCUUGACCAUCCGCUUCUGAAAGACUUUGUCUUUGUUCAUUACAACCUGCACCUGCGGGGAUGUAACCUGAUACAAGACUCCGGGGAGGAUAUUGAGCAUUGAUGUUGCGUCCUGCCUGACAGUGGAGCCUUGCCCUCCGUGAUGUCUGAACAGGCAUAUUAGUAGUUUCAGAGAUUUGACUGUGUUUUGUUAUUGAAGAGCCAUAUAUAGUCUUCAGUUCACCUGGUGAAUGUAAGAAACUGAAAUCUUGUAAAUGGACAACGAAUUUGAACUGUUUCAGAGCUUCUAA